GAUGAGCCGGUCUCUAGGUGGUGCCAAAUAAUGGGGCCUAGACAGGUCCCCUCCCUUAGUGUGCUUCUGGUGUCUUGCUUUCCUUCCAUCUCUUUGGUGAGGCCGAAUGUGGCCGUGGAGAGGACUUUAAAAAAUAGCAAAGCAGAAAGAGAAAGCGAUCACUCCGACCCCUGGCUUCCGCGCCGCCGGGGAGGGGGCGGAGAAGCUGAGCCAGGCAGAGUCGCUCAGCACCCAGGCGACUCGCGAGUGGCGCGGAGCGGCCGGGCUUGCCUUUCUUCUUUCCCCACCGCCCUUUCCCCCUUUCUCUUUUCUGCUGGAGGGGGUGGGGAAAGGGACGAGAGAUAGAGAAAGGAAACAUUUUUUUUUUUCCAAGCAUCCGAGCCAGUGAGCCAGCUCGAGGCGGCCCAUGGCUUCGCUGUACCAAAGGUUCACCGGCAAGAUCAACACCUCGCGCUCCUUUCCGGCGCCCCCGGAGGCCAGUCGCCUCCUGGGUGGCCAGGGGCCGGAGGAGGACGCGGGCCCGAAGCCCCUAGGGCCGCAGGCGCAGGCGGCGGCGCCCCGGGAGCGCGGCGGCGCGGGUGGCCGGCCCCGGUUUCAGUACCAGGCGAGGAGCGACUGUGACGAGGAGGACGAGCUGGUGGGGAGUAACCCUCCGCAGAGAAACUGGAAAGGAAUCGCAAUCGCACUGCUCGUCAUCCUGGUCAUAUGCUCCCUGAUCGUCACCUCAGUCAUACUGCUGACACCAGCGGAAGAUACUAGUCUGUCUCAAAAGAAGAAGGUGACUGUGGAAGAUCUCUUCAGUGAAGACUUCAAAAUCCAUGACCCGGAGGCAAAAUGGAUAAGCGAUAAAGAAUUCAUCUACAGAGAACGAAAAGGGAACGUCAUACUGCGGAAUGUUGAAACAAAUAAUUCCACCGUGUUAAUAGAAGGCAAAAAAAUUGAAUCCUUAAGAGCCAUCAGAUAUGAAAUAUCCCCGGAUAAAGAAUAUGCGUUGUUUUCCUAUAACGUGGAACCGGUUUAUCAACACUCCCACACUGGAUAUUAUGUCCUGAGCAAAAUUCCUCAUGGGGACCCGCAGAGUCUAGACCCACCAGAAGUCAGCAAUGCAAAGCUUCAGUAUGCAGGGUGGGGCCCAAAAGGCCAGCAACUGAUAUUUAUCUUUGAGAACAACAUCUACUACUGCGCACAUGUUGGGAAGCAGGCAAUCCGAGUGGUCUCUACAGGGAAGGAGGGUGUGGUCUACAACGGCCUCAGCGACUGGCUGUAUGAAGAGGAGAUUUUGAAGAGCCACAUCGCGCAUUGGUGGUCACCAGAUGGCACGAGGCUUGCAUAUGCCACCAUCAAUGACUCCCGGGUUCCCCUUAUGGAGCUGCCAACCUACACAGGCUCUGUCUACCCCACUGUGAAGCCCUACCACUAUCCUAAGGCUGGCAGUGAAAACCCCAGCAUCUCCCUUCACGUCAUCGGCUUGAGUGGACCAACCCACGACCUGGAGAUGAUACCACCUGAUGACCCUCGAAUGAGGGAGUACUACAUCACCAUGGUGAAGUGGGCUACCAGCACCAAGGUUGCUGUGACCUGGCUGAACCGAGCCCAGAAUGUGUCCAUCCUGACCCUCUGUGAUGCCACCACGGGUGUCUGCACUAAGAAACACGAGGAUGAAAGUGAAGCUUGGCUCCACAGACAGAAUGAAGAGCCUGUGUUCUCCAAGGAUGGCCGGAAGUUCUUCUUUGUCAGAGCAAUCCCACAAGGGGGACGGGGGAAAUUCUACCACAUCACCGUGUCGUCAUCACAGCCCAACAGCAGCAAUGACAACAUCCAGUCCAUCACCUCUGGGGACUGGGAUGUGACCAAGAUCCUGUCCUAUGAUGAGAAGCGGAAUAAGAUCUAUUUCCUGAGCACAGAGGACCUGCCACGGAGACGACAGCUCUACAGUGCCAACACAGUCGAUGACUUCAACAGGCAGUGUCUGUCCUGUGACCUAGUGGAGAACUGCACCUACUUCAGUGCCUCCUUCAGCCAUAACAUGGACUUCUUUCUGCUCAAGUGUGAAGGCCCUGGUGUACCCACUGUGACUGUGCAUAACACCACGGAUAAGAGAAAAAUCUUUGACUUGGAAGCAAAUGAGCAUGUGCAAAAGGCCAUCAAUGAUCGGCAGAUGCCUAAGAUUGAGUACCGGAAAAUUGAGAUCGAAGAUUACAACUUGCCAAUGCAGAUCCUGAAACCGGCCACCUUCACAGAUACCACCCACUACCCCUUACUGCUGGUGGUGGAUGGUACCCCAGGGAGUCAGAGUGUGUCAGAGAGGUUUGAGGUGACCUGGGAGACCGUGUUGGUGAGCAGCCAUGGAGCAGUUGUGGUCAAGUGUGAUGGCCGAGGCAGCGGCUUCCAGGGAACCAAGCUCCUGCAUGAAGUACGGAGGCGGCUGGGCUUCCUGGAGGAGAAGGACCAGAUGGAAGCUGUGAGGACCAUGCUGAAGGAGCAGUACAUUGACAAGACACGGGUGGCUGUGUUUGGAAAGGAUUAUGGCGGUUACCUGAGCACUUACAUCCUUCCAGCCAAGGGAGAAAAUCAAGGGCAGACCUUCACAUGCGGCUCAGCACUCUCUCCAAUAACAGACUUCAAACUCUAUGCCUCUGCAUUUUCCGAGCGGUACCUUGGCCUCCACGGACUCGACAACAGAGCAUAUGAGAUGACCAAGCUGGCACACCGAGUGUCGGCACUGGAGGACCAGCAAUUCCUGAUCAUCCACGCCACAGCUGAUGAAAAAAUCCAUUUCCAGCACACAGCUGAGCUCAUCACGCAGCUGAUCAAGGGAAAGGCCAAUUACAGCUUACAGAUUUACCCGGAUGAAAGCCACUACUUCCACAGCAUGGCACUCAAGCAACAUCUGUACCGGUCCAUCAUCAACUUCUUUGUGGAAUGUUUCAGGAUCCAGGACAAGCUACCGGCAGCCACAGCAAAAGAGGACGAGGAGGAGGACUAAGCACUCUUGAGACCUAAGCACAGACAUGGCUCUUUUUACAACAAUAUGCAACUGAGGAAUCCUCCCUGCCACCACCCUCUCUCCCAGGCAGUGGAAGUGGAGGUGUCGCAUUCCAUAGCAUGUGUCUUGAUACUGAAGGCCAUUUGGUGGGGGCAACAAGCUCCAGGUGGAAACAGGUCACCACAUAGCCUGGAACAACCCCUCCUGGGCAGCAUCGCCUCCUCCUGGCCCCCAAUGACUGGCACAUCCCACGUCCCUCCCCCAAGGGGACAAAGUAAAGGACAGGUGACAGUGAGGG